AAAUUGUUAUGGUGUUUAUUAAUUGCAUCAGCAUAAGUGUCGCAGUUAGCAAGCAAGGGUAGAAUAUUUAAAUAACAGGCUUCUACUGUCGUCAUCUCAUAUACAUUUUCAAACCAGUUCCGCCACUUGGAAGCUAGUAUCCGUCAAAUGUAGUAUUGAUACAAAAGUGAGGUGAAUCGAAAGGUAGGCACUAUUCUUAAUUCAAGUGUUGACGCAGAUUUUAAUUUCGCGCUAGUUUUGUGCUAAUGUCGCAACGUAUUCGUCGCAGCCAGGAGUGGGAGGUGCGUGCUUCGACUUUAGCCCGCAAAACCACCAACCCCAUACGACGAAUUGUCGAGAACUUACAAGUGGAACCUAAUCCUGACAAGGAACUUAUUGCUCUUUCUAUAGGUGAUCCAACAACUUUCGGAAAUCUUAACCCUCCAGAGCAAGUAUUGCAAGCUAUUCGGGAAAGUAUUGAAUUACAUAAAAGUAGAGGCUACGCUCCAUCGAAGGGUCACUAUGAAGCUAGAGUUGCAGUGGCUAAGUACAGCGCCCAUCAGGGUGAUGUCAGUCCCGAGGACGUAAUCUUAACUAGUGGUUGUUCCCACGCCAUUGAAAUGGUAAUCACAGCUAUUGCAGAGCGUGGACAAAAUAUCCUCGUACCUCGACCAGGAUUCUCCAUAUAUCAAACUUUGUCAGAAGGUUUUGGAAUAAAAACGAAAUAUUAUAAUUUAUUGCCAAACGCACAUUGGAAAAUAGAUCUUUACGAUUUAGAAAGCCAGAUAGACGAUGAUACUGUUGCUAUAGUUAUUAACAAUCCAUCAAAUCCGUGUGGUUCGGUGUAUGAUAAGGAACAUUUAUAUGAAAUUUUAGAUAUAGCCUCCAGAAACAGAGUGCCCAUUAUAGCCGAUGAAAUAUAUGAACACUUCGUGUUCUCCGACCACAAAUUUACACCCAUAUCUUCUAUAUCCAAAGAUGUUCCUGUACUAACAUGCAGUGGGCUUACAAAGCGAUUUUUAGUUCCUGGUUGGCGAAUGGGCUGGAUCGUUAUUCAUGACCGAAAUAAUGUCCUGGGGAAGGAAAUAAGACAGGCUUUAUCUAAUUUGUCCAUGAGAAUUCUCGGACCCAGCGCGUUAAUACAGACUGCAUUACCGGCCAUUCUAGAAUACACGCCGCAAAGUUUCUUCGACGAUGUGUUGUUGUUUAUCGAGACCCAAGCUAAGUUAGCUUUUAAGGAAUUAAGAACCGCUCCCGGACUGCGGCCGAUUGAGCCCCAAGGAGCUAUGUAUAUGAUGAUAGGCAUACAAAUGUCUCUAUUUCCUGAGUUUGAGGAUGAAUGCCAGUUCGUUGAAAGCCUCGUGACGGAACAAUCUGUUUUCUGUUUGCCAGGACAGUGCUUUGAGUAUCCUAACUACAUGCGAAUUGUAUUAACCGUACCAGAAGACAAACUAAAGGAGGCGUGUCAAAGAAUAAAAAUAUUUUGCAAAGAGCAUGUAAUAGGGGGAAAGAGAAAGGAAAUAGAAAACAACGAUAUUGAGAAUGAAGUGAAAGUUAUAUGUGAAGAAAUAACCAAUGUCGUGUGAUUUACUUGUCUUUCGGUACAUAUUACUGUGCUUUUUAGUGUAAAGGUGACUUUCCUGUUUGUAAUAGGUAGAGCCGUUAAUAGCAAAUGUAAAAUAAAAAAAUAUUUGUGUUUAGUUACUUAGUUACCUGGAAAUUUUUUCUAAUUCGAAUCAUUUUAUUCAAAUUGUGUACCUACCAUUGUAUCUACACUUUUUGAGUGUCAAUUUGAGGAAUUUGUAAGAUAAUAAUGUACGUAAUGGUGAUAAUAAUAUUAAUUACAAAACUUAAAACUAAAGUUACAGGGUUCCAAAACGUUUGACAUUAUUUGGUUCUACAUAGCUGCUUUGCUGAGUGAUAUUAAUAUGUUUUUUCGUAAAAAAUCUUCAAUGAAUU